UACAGGACAGACAGGACACCCAUCACUAUCAGACAUGUUACCACGUCUACAGGACAGACAGGACACUCAUCACUAUCAGACAUGUCACCACGUCUACAGGACAGACAGGACACUCAUCACUUUCAGACAUGUUACCAGGUCUACAGGACAGACAGGACACCCAUCACUAUCAGACAUGUCACCACGUCUACAGGACAGACAGGACAGACAGGACACCCAUCACUAUCAGACAUGUUACCAGGUCUACAGGACAGACAGGACAGACAGGACACCCAUCACUAUCAGACAUGUCACCAGGUCUACAGGACACCCAUCACUAUCAGACAUGUUACCAGGUCUACAGGACAGACAGGACACCCAUCACUAUCAGACAUGUCACCAGGUCUACAGGACAGACAGGACACUCAUCACUAUCAGACAUGUCACCAGGUCUACAGGACAGACAGGACACUCAUCACUAUCAGACAUGUUACCAGGUCUACAGGACAGACAGGACACUCAUCACUAUCAGACAUGUUACCAGGUCUACAGGACAGACAGGACACCCAUCACUAUCAGACAUGUCACCACGUCUACAGGACAGACAGGACAGACAGGACACUCAUCACUAUCAGACAUGUCACCAGGUCUACAGGACAGACAGGACACUCAUCACUAUCAGACAUGUUACCAGGUCUACAGGACACUCAUCACUAUCAGACAUGUCACCACGUCUACAGGACACUCAUCACUAUCAGACAUGUUACCAGGUCUACAGGACAGACAGGACACUCAUCACUAUCAGACAUGUCACCACGUCUACAGGACAGACAGGACACUCAUCACUUUCAGACAUGUUACCAGGUCUACAGGACAGACAGGACACUCAUCACUAUCAGACAUGUCACCACGUCUACAGGACAGACAGGACACUCAUCACUAUCAGACAUGUUACCAGGUCUACAGGACAGACAGGACACUCAUCACUAUCAGACAUGUCACCACGUCUACAGGACAGACAGGACACUCAUCACUUUCAGACAUGUUACCAGGUCUACAGGGCAGACAGGACACUCAUCACUAUCAGACAUGUUACCAGGUCUGUCUGUCCUGUCUACAGGACAGACAGUAACUCUCAUCUCUUUCUGGACAACAGAAAUUACAAUAUAACUAUUUGGGGGCUGAUCUAGAAUCAGAUCCCCCCCUGUCCAAGUAACCUUACUGAUCUAGAAUCAGAUCCCCCCUGUCCAAGUAACCUUUCUGAUCUAGAAUCAGAUCCCCCCCUGUCCAAGUAACCUUACUGAUCUAGAAUCAGAUCCUCCCCUGUCCAAGUAAACUUACUGAUCUAGAAUCAGACCCCCCCCCCUGUUCAAGUAACCUUACUGAUCUAGAAUCAGAUCCCCCCUGUCCAAGUAACCUUACUGAUCUAGAAUCAGAUCCCCCCUGUCCAAGUAACCUUACGGAUCUAGAAUCAGACCCCCCCUGUCCAAGUAACCUUACUGAUCUAGAAUCAGAUCCCCCCUGUCCAAGUAACCUUACUGAUCUAGAAUCAGAUCCCCCCUGUCCAAGUAAACUUACUGAUUUUGAUCUAAAAGCCAAAACUGAUCCUAAAACUCUUACUAUGACAAAAUUGAAACAUGGUCUCCCA